UUUCCGUAAGUGUCAAUGCAUAGUUAUGCUUCUGGUCUUUCUUUCUAUAAAAACCAACCCUCGGGUCUUUCAUUUCACAUGUUCCAUAGUUCUUGCUCUGGGUGGGUAAAGAUGGAAGGUGCUAGUAGAGUCUUAUGCUUGUUUCUGGCGGCAUUUUUGUGGUUUAAUGCUCAACAUGCUUUUGUAAGUUGUGCUUUGACAUUUGAGUUGCAAAGCAAAAUUGCUAAAGCCAACCAAGAGGGACCUUACCUAGGUUUAAUCAUACCAAAUUCUUUUGAACUAGACCCUCUUCUUCAGAAUCCUGGCUACACAGCUAGUGACACCAUCAUAGACUUCGCUGGAAGGAGAUUUCGCUUUGGAGCCAUUGGUGACAAGCCUGUUAUACUGGUCAUGACAGGAUUGAGCGUGAUAAAUGCAGCUAUAACGACUCAGCUUCUGUUGAGUUUAUUCACGGUAGAAGGAGUGGUGCAUUACGGCAUUGCUGGAAAUGCAAACCCGUCCUUGCAUAUUGGAGAUGUAGCUAUUCCCCAAUACUGGGCUCAUCUAGCACUAUGGAGCUGGCAGAGGUAUGGGCUAGGGCCUGAUGACACAUUACCCUUGGAAGACAAUGGAGACUACACCAGGGAAUUAGGGCACUUAAAUUUUGCAAAUUUCACCUCAAACGUAACUGCUGAUAGUCCAUUUGAUAACCAACUCAACAAUAUAUGGUACCAACCAGAGGAGAUUUUUCCCAUUGAUGGCGUUCCGGAAGUAAGGCAGCAUGUCUUCUGGGUUCCGGUUGAUUCCAAGUACUACCACAUUGCCAAAAAGUUGAAGGACUUGGAGCUAGAGUCGUGCAUAAACUCGACCACAUGCUUAACAACGACACCGAAGGUGGAGCUUGUGAAUAGAGGUAUUAGCCAAAGCAUCUACCUAGACAAUGCAGCAUACAGGUCUUUCAUCUACAACAAAUUUGAAGUGAGCCCAGUGGACAUGGAAAGUGCAUCGGUGGCUCUUAUAUGCCAUCAACAAAGGGUACCCUUCAUUGCUAUUAGGGCUCUCUCCGACUUGGCCGGUGGCGGCUCCGCCGAGUCCAAUGAGGCCGAUACCUUCUUAUCAAUCGCUGCCACCAAUUCUGUCACUGUGGUCAUUGAGUUCGUGAAGCUCUUGUCACUCCACUCUAAGUGGUGGUCCAUGUAAUAUUCCGUGUAUGGUGCACAUGUAGACAACUUCAUCGUACGUUGUUUCAGAGUAAUAAGAAUCUGUGCAUUGAUCUAUAUAAAUGGCGACAACAACUUUUCCCUGACCA